AUGGAGCCACUGCUCCCUUGGUGCUUGUUUAUGAUUCUAAUCUUCGUCCUCCUAGCUCUAGUACUCUUCGAUCUGCAUUGUCUACGGACUCCACCUUGUGCGCCAGGGACAAGGUUGCCGCCGGGACCAUGGCGGCUCCCGGUAAUUGGCACCCUUCACCACCUAAUGACCGUGAAGAACCCACGGCUCGUGCACCGUGCCUUGGCCGUCCUCGCACGCCGCUGGGACGCCCCCGUCAUGUACGUCCGGCUAGGGGAGCUGCACGCUGUUGUCGUCUCGUCGGCCGACGCCGCACGCGAAGUUAUAAGGGAGAACGACACCAACUUCGCCACCCGGACCAUGACCGCGACCUUCAGAACCACCAUCGGAGACAAGGUGGGGCUCGUCAUGUCGCCCCACAGCGCCAUGUGGCGGAGGCUCCGCAGGAUCUGCACGACGGAGCUCCUGAGCGCAAGGCGCGUUCGAUCCUUCCGCUCCAUCCGGGAGGAUGAGGCCGCGCACCUCGCCCGCGCCAUCGCCACGGUCGCGCGCUCCGGCGAGCGUCAUCAGUUGGUCAACGUCAGCGAGCUGGUGUCCCGGUUCGUGUCCGACACCGUCCUGCGCACCGUCAUGGGCGAGCGGUUCACGUGGCGGGACGAGUUCAUGGCCACGCUGGCCAAGGCGAUGACGAGGUUCGCCGAGGACCUGUUCCCGUCGUCGAGGCUCCUGCGAGCCAUUAACGGCAAGGUGAGCGAGUUCAAGGCGCUGAACGCCAAGGUGUUCGAGCUGGUGGAUCGGGCCAUCGACCAGCACCGCGAGAGGAAGGCAGGAGCAGGUGCCGAAGACGACGGCGCCAACGAUGCACGCGACUUGCUCGAUGUGCUUCUGAGGCUGCAGGAAUGCGAUGAUGAUCUCGACUGCCCUCUCACCAUGGUGACCAUUAAAGCUGUCAUCCUGUACAAUCCGAAACUGAUGCGGAAAGUGCAACAAGAGAUACGCCAUGUCCUGGGAUGCAAGUCGCGUGUAACAGAGGACGACCUGACCAACCUGAAGUACCGAAAGCAUGUCAUCAAAGAAACACUGCGGUUGCACCCAGGAACAUGCGUGCUCUUCCCAAAAGCGAGUCAGGAAUCUUGCAAGAUCCUUGGAUAUGAUGUGCCCAAAGGCAUGCUCAUGAUCGCUCAUGAUCAUGAAUGUCUGGACGACCCAAAGUACUGGGAUGAUGCCGAGGUUUUCAAGCCAGAGCGUUUCGAAGGAACUACAGUUGAUUUUCGUGGCACGGACUUCCAGUUCUUGCCGUUCAGUGGAGGAAGAAGGAUGUGCCCGGGCAUAAUGCUAGCGCAUGCCAACAUCGAGUUGGCACUCGUGACACUCCUUUGCCACUUCGACUGGCAGCUCCCACCGGGGGUCACACCCGAUGAGGUAGACAUGGCUGAGAAAUUUGGUGUCGAUGUUCGCCCAAAGAGGGAUGUUUACCUCAGCCCAGUCCUAGUUCUGCCACCGAAAAUAGACUAG